CCAUUAUACCCUCCAUUGUCUUUAGGCCAUUUAGGCCUACGAAAAUGGCCUACGAGUCCUUCUAUAUGACUCGUCUUCCAAAGUCUCCAGUUCUUUUACCUGCCAUAUGCUUAGUACUCUUUCCCGCCAAAAAAAAGGUAUCUCAUGAAAACCCUCCAUUUAUUACUCUUUCUUUCUACUAAUCUUUUUUCUAUCAUUCAGUCAUUUUUACAACGGUACUCUAGAAAGUGAGAGAGAUGAAGGGGUCUUCCAAAGUGAUAAUGGGAGCAACAAUGGCAAUUGUAAUUGUCCUUGCCAUUGUGCUACUCUUAGUGUUGGUACUUCUAGCUGAGCUUUAUUGCUCUCUUUUUCUCCGGCGACGAAAGAUCAAAGCCGGAAAACCCGAUUCGAACCCCGAAAACUCCGUCUCCCAGCCUCAGCAGCCACAAGAGAAGUUAGUCCCUUCUCCUCUUAGUAGCUUCUAUGCUCAAGGGGUUCUAGAUGCUCCUAGAAGCUUCCUCUUUCCCAAACUACCUAGUAAGAGAGAAAACCGAGCUGAAAGUGAUGAUAUUGAGAGGCCAAAACAUGGGAAACUCCAUCAGUUUCUUAGAGUUCAAUCCCCUCAACAAAUUGGCCUUGCUUCUUCAUUAUCACCCUCACCUUCUUUCAUCCCAGUUACCAAGCCUCACCAACAGUCUGACGAAAACACUGAAAUUGUACCUGAAGAUGGGAAGGAAAAGAAUUUCAUGUACAUUUCCAAUCCUAUCUAUGACAAUGAGGUUGCCCGGCCGAGCCGAGUGGCAACCCCAUUUGAGACCCCGGACAGCUCCCCGUCCCAGUUGGACCGGAGCGGGUCGUCCGGGGAUGAUGAGGAAGAGAGGGAUGGUGAAAAUCUUGGAACUUCAUCAAGUCCAUCUUCACUGCCAUUGAGUCCAAUGAAGGAGCUUCCUGCUAAAGCUGCUUCUGUUUCUUUAAGGGAUGCAAGGUCUUUGGGUCCUUCUGCUAGUGAAUCCAACAGUCAUAUUGGUCGAUCAUCUUCUUCUUCAGAUUCACCUCGCACUUCACCUUCAUGGUAAAUUUUUAUGUUUUCAUCCCAAAUUAGGUAAAAAUUAGAGGUUGCAAGAUUAUUCUAUGAGAAUAUUCAUGUUCUAAGGUGAAAAAAAAAAAGAAAAAGAAAUUUCCUAAUUGUUCCUCUAGUUUAGGGGUGAAUUUUAUUCCCCUUUUUAUUUACCUUUUCUUGGUUGAUGUUAGUAGUAGACUAGUAAAGUAGUACUGUAAUGCAGUAAACUUAUGGCAGUAAAUUUGUGGUAGAAGUAGAAGUAGUGCUUUUUAUGGCAAUAGGCGUGGAAAAAGGCACGUGAACCCAUGCCUCCCUUUCACCUAACUUUAGCUCUUUUGCCCUAUUUUAUUUAUCUGUCUUGAGGUCUUUUGUUGUUUAGGAAAGUAGUUUGAUUAAAUAGAUUUAUUUAUUUUACGUAAGUCUUAGCAGAAACAUACUAUAUCUAUAUACAGUAUGUUUGUUUUUGUAUGUAUACAUUCUUUUUUACUUGUCUUUAUGUUUUUUGAAAGAGAAUUUUAUCUCUGCUUAAAGAUUCUAUCACUAAGAAACGAAUUCUCUUCUUGUUCCUUUUUUAAUUUAUUUUUGGGGUUAUUUUGUUUUGGGAUUGUGAAGAUUGCACGUGAGGAGCAAGUGGUUCUUUGGAAAAUUCACAUUAAAAAAAUAAAUAAAAAUAAAAGAGUAUGACAAAAAUGAAAAAAUUAUCUAUGAUUUAUUUAUGGGGUUUCUAAUUGUAUGGUGAUUCCAAGGGCAUGGAAGCAUAACAAAUUAACAAUGCA